GGGCGUUGGACAAACAACAUGCAACCUCGCAGCUUUGCCCGUUCUAAACCUCUCUUUGUAGAAGAAAGAGUGUCCAUCCUGUUUGACGAAUUCUGUUCUUCCAUUUCACGGAAUGGAAUCCUGUACCGCAGGCACCGCCGCUUCAUUAGCAGUCAUGGCCACGGUGUUCCACUGAGAUGAAUGUGGAAUAUCUCCAAGCCUCGCAGUCUGAUGUGUUCGUCAAUGAAAUCCGAAACGAAGAGUGCGGAGUUCAUCAGAAAGGCAGUACUUUUGCUGAAGCUCUCGCCUGCUUAAAACCUUAACGCGUCUUCCGUAGAGUCUAAAGUGAAAAUUUGCAAGCAUAUGGAAAUCAGCCAUCUUUUCAUCUGUGAGCUUUAGGGAGUCCGGCCAUCGAGUCAAAAUGAAGCGCAUCUCGUCAUCUUUCUGUAUCCUAUUCUCGGUGGUUCUGGUGCUCGCUUUGUCAGUAUCCAUAUGCAAGCCGAUCGAUGCAUUCAGUACCAGUGGGCUCCCACAAUACGCAGGUGCUAUGAGUGGAAGUUUGAUGGGCCAGGCCGCUGGAAGGGACGCUCUGCAAACUAAUGCAGCCACUGAAGAUUGCAAGAACAAGAACACAAUCGAGGAGUGCCCGAUAUGCGACGCCGCUUGCUGCGCUAGAGCUCGACCUUGCUCCGUUCCUGUGGGUUGCAAACCAGGGGACUGCUCAGCUGCUUUCAGAUAGCACAAGAUUUAUUGCCAUCAAACGGAUGUGCUCUCCAAGAAUCGAAAUAAGAUUUAGGAUGUGCUGGCACGGGUAGAGAAAGCUCAUUCUGCUCGAGGUCCAUGUGGAGCUUCAUCUAGCAGCGGAUCGGUCCACCUCCAAAUUGUGCUUGAGCGUGCUCGAUUCAACGAGAGAAUAAAACAUGAAGUCGACUGACAGGUACGAAAGGCUCAAGGACCAGAGCAGUGGUCACAAGAAACCGUUAGUAGCUCAUGGUACCAUUCAUGUGCACACGGUAGUUCGUAAAAUCCAGCGGAUCUUGUUGGCUUGAAGAGUUGUUCUGGUCCUCCCGGUGUGAGCCUUGGAACUGCGUCCAGUUCACAUUUCCGGGCUCUUCUUCCUUUGGUAAGUGCACUCUGCCACGUGGCUCCCUGCCACUGGUGCUCAGGUUAAAGACUCAUGGCUGAUCAGUGAUCAGCCAUGAGUCUGUGAUCAGUGAUCACAGACCCUAAUCUGUGAUCAGUGAUCACAGAUUAGGGUUUGUCUGACCAAUAAUGAGCUUACAGCGCCACACAUCUCGAAAGUUCCUUUAUAUUUAUUUUGCUCUUACAUCCGUUCACAACGCUGAGGUUUCAGCAAGAAUUGGGUGGGAAUGUAACUGCUAAUUGCAGUGGUAAUUAUGUGAUCAUAGAGUGUAAUCAUAUUGGGAUCUCAAUAUUGCUGACGUUAAUUUCCAUCUACAAGCAGUUGCAGAUGGGAAUAAUAUACUAGCGUAUAGUAUAUUAUGUUCUUUGCAUCUGGA